CCACAACCGCGACUGAAGAAGGGGGGCCGGAACAGGAAGUGAGGCGCGUUCACGUGAGAAGGGACGAGACAGCGGGGACGAGAACGAGCCGAAACCGAAAGUGCUCGGGAGUGUUCGCCGGCGCGAGACGCAAUCACGGAACUGGCAGUGCGGGUCAUGAUACAGACAUGGCGAGAAAACUGACUAUAUUUAUAUGCGCUUUUUUCGCGUUUUUACCGGUGAACUGUCAGGAGGGGAUUUUACAUGUCUCUGGUGGAUCUCAGGAGAAAGAGUACUGCCUUGUCUACAAUUCCUCCUUUUCUAAUAUUUCAGCGUCUCUAAAUGACGCCAUUAAAUACCAACUGGUGAACCUGUCGUCCAGCUUCCUGUGCAAUAGCUCUGGUAUACAACCCAAUGAGCUGAAGGGGAAAGCGGUGGUGGUCAUGAGGGACAGCUGUACUUUCAGCCAGAAGGCCCAGGUGGCUCAGGACUUGGGAGCCACCACCAUCCUCAUUGCAAGCAACAAAGCCUUGGUAACUCCUUUUAUCAACGACACAGAAUACGGUCAAGUUAAAAUUCCUGUGGCACUCAUGCGAUACAGAGACAUGGAAGAUGCAUUCAAGACCUUUGGGGACAAUAUGUCUGUGAGACUGUAUGCCCCACCAACGCCUGUAUUUGACUUCAGCAUCUUGGCCAUACUGUUCAUCAGCAUGUUCACUGUGGGAAUGGGAGCAUUCUGGAGCGGAGCUGUUGAGAGGGAAAAGUUGAAUACUGCCCCAAUGGGUGGAGAUUCCAGAGAAAGGACUGACAGCGGCGAUCUACCUCUCUAUUCCCCGCUGAAAGUCAUCUUGUUCGUGGCAUUCAUGUGUGUGGUACUGGUUCUCAUGUAUUUCUUCUAUGCAUAUCUCGUGUACGUGACCAUAGUCAUUUUCUGCAUCGCCUCUGCAACAGCAUUGUACAGCUGUUUUGAUGCCAUCAUGGAGAAGCUUGGCUGUGCGACCCUCAGCUUCUCCUGUCUGGGUAAGGGAUGGUCUGGGAGGAGCUUGUUGUUGGCUUCCCUCUGCAUCACCGUGGCAGUGCUGUGGGGAGUAUAUCGGAACGAGGACAGGUGGAUUUGGAUUCUACAAGAUUUAUUAGGAAUUGCUUUCUGUCUGAAUUUCAUGAAGACGAUCACAGUGUCCAACUUUAAAAUCUGUGUGAUCCUUCUCAGUCUGCUCCUCAUCUACGACGUCUUCUUCGUCUUCAUCACACCUUUUUUGACAAAGGAUGGCCAGAGCAUCAUGGUAGAAGUCGCCUUGGGUCCAGGAUCUGUUGCAGAAAAGAGUGGAGGAAAGAUGGUGACGGUUCCUGCUGUGCCCACAGCCCCCUAUGAGAAACUACCUUUGGUCAUGCGAGUGCCGCGGUUUUUGGCGCCAAACCUGUGCAUGAUGCAGUUCUCCAUCCUGGGCUACGGAGACAUUAUCGUUCCAGGCUUGUUGGUGGCAUACUGCCACAGGUUUGAUGUGUGGACCAGCAGUCCCAAGAGGAUCUAUUUCAUGUCCUGCACUAUAGCCUACUUCUUGGGCAUGGUUGUGACUUUUGUGGUCAUGAUCCUGUCCCAGAUGGGCCAGCCAGCCCUUCUGUACCUCGUGCCUUUCACGCUGCUCACCAGUGCCGCAGUCGCCUGGCGACGUGGGGAAAUGAAGCGCUUCUGGUCCGGUACUGCAUAUGAAGUGUUGGAUACAUCAAGGGAGCCAUUAUUGCAAGAUGGAAGAUCUGAACAUGACAGCAAUGGAAGAAAAUGCUGAGUUUUCUAAAAACUCCUCCCCUCCUUUUCAAAACUAUUAGUUUUUAUGUAACUGGAAGUUACAAAUGAACACAGAAAAUGCCUUUCUAUGAUCACUUGUCUAGCGCAGUAUUUUAUUCAAUACUCCACUGAUCUUCCUUUCGUUAAUAUUUUGGCGUGAGAAUUCAGAUGAAUAUAAUUAUUUCUUCUGUGAGAAUUCAGAUUAUUAAAGCAUGAUGGGUGACACAACUGUAAACUUAUCCUUUGGAAUGUAUUUUAAUUUUACUGACAAUAUGAUUAAAUUAACACUUCAUGCACCAGUUGGUUGUUUUUUUACACUGCAGACUGCUGUUACUGUUUUUCUAGUUAUUUUUCUCAUUAAAGGCUUGUGUACCUACCUUAA